UUUUUGUCUUUGUCUUUUUUUUUUCUUGUUCCUUUUCUUCGUUUUCUUCUUUUUUUUUGCCCUCCCCUUUGAAUUGCUGUGAAAUACACUCACUUUUUUAUUUUAUUUUUUUAUUUUUAACCUAUAUUUGUACUUUUGUUUGACUCUUAUGAUGAAACUACAAUUAAAGGGUACCUUGUCAGCAUUUGUCCUUUUAUGCUAUACUUUGACAGUUACUGCUAAUCCUACCUCAGAUCCUACAUCCUUGGACCUUCCUAUAUGGGCAUUAGUAGUGAUGGCUGUCGUUGUCGGACUCUUGAUUGUUUUACUUUUUUACUUUGUCUUACGACGUUAUCUAUCAAAGAGAAGAACAGUAGAUACCAUUGAUCAAUUAGAAAAACAUACCAGUACUAACACUGAAUCCACUGUCACUAUGGAAUCACUCAAUAAACCAACCAAUCAAGUUUAUAAACCAGCUAUGAUCGAUCAAGAAAAAAUGACUUUACCUUUCCCACCACCUUCAACUUCUCUUUUCUCUGAUAAAAUGGAAUUGAACUCUGAUGAUGCUAUGCAACUUUUUGAACGAUAUAUGCAAACGGAACGUACUAAAGGUGGAUUUACUACUCUUGAUUUGGAUAUGCCUCAACUUGUCAAUACUGUACAACAAAAGGUUGGUACUAUCAAAAGUACUUUACGACAAUCUAUACGACGACAAAAAUCUAAAUCACGCGCUGCACCAGUACAUCAAAUGUUUGAUUCACCUUCUCGUCCUAGUACUGACCUUCCUAGACCAUCUUUAUCUGAAAUCAGUCGACAUACAGCCUCCUCUAGUAUUCCAUCUUCUUCUUCUCCUACACCUCCUUACAAAAAUCCGACCGUGUCUCCUACUUUAGCAUUGAAAAAUGAACACAACAAUAUAGUAUUGGAUCAAGAUAAAGAGUUACAAGCACUAGAAUAUGAUAGAAUGAUCAACAAUGAAUCACCUCUAUCAUCAUCAUCACCUUCAGCAUCAUCACCAUCACCAUCACCAUCAGCAGCGCCAGAAUCAUCUAUUACCAACACAAAUGAUGAGGAUAAUAAUAAUAAUCACUCCGAUGGGUCAGCCAUUCAUGCCGCUAGACGUGUGAUUCGAUCAGCUUCAAGAAAAUCAAAGACCCGCUCGAUGCUAGUCAAUGAUGAAGCCGUUCUGAAAAUGUUUAAUCAAGAAGUCAUGGAAGCAAAUGGGAAUAAUCGUCAACAAGAUCUUCGACGUGCAUCUAUCAAGUCAGGGUAUACCACAGUCUCUGGUCGUUCCACCAAUGCCAAUUCAACAAGAUAUUUGACUAAUGAUAUUCUUGGAAGACGAGCAAGUACUCUUGGAAAAAGUUAUCAAAAAAAAUCAACAACAGCAACAACAACAACAACACCAUUAGAAGGAUUAUUUAAUUCACCUUCUAUCAAUACACCAGCAUCAUCAUCUAAUGAAAAAGUGGAAGUAACUCAAGUCUUUGAUGGAAAAGAAAGAAGAUUAUCAACAAAUGAUCGUCAGCUCACCACAUCAACGAACUCUCCAAUUGGAUCCAGCAAAUACGCAGUACCUGAUGAUAAUCUUCUACAUCCCAAUCAACGACAAAAGCCUAUCGAUAUAGAAUCAUCAGCGAUAUCCAACAAAAAGAGAACCCUUGCUAGUGAUGCUAUCAGCAAUCGAAGAAUCAUGCAAGAACGAAUGGAUAAUUUUGAAGGAUUAUCAGCACAUACAGAAAGUACAGGACAUAGUAGAAAAAGUAGUGGCAGUGCAGCAACCAUGGUAAGGAUUUCACAACAACAACCACAAACAUGGAGUUGUAGAGCACAAUCAAAACGAGCAGGUAUUCCUCAUAAUCUAUCACAGGAUGAUGAUCAACAACAACAGCAUCAACAACAACAACAAAGAAGGGAAAAUACGUCAACAAACAAUAAUAAUAAUGACAAUAAGAAAUCAUCUAUGACAUUUUAUACUGUUAGAAGCACAAGAUCAAAACAACGAACUGGAAUACCUAGUUGGUGUGAUACUUCAUCCUUUCCUCAAGAUAAAACACCAGCUGAAAGGGAAAGAGAUCAAUAUUUGAAAACACUUUAUGGCAAUGAUCUUUAAAGUCAAAAUAGUUUAUUUAUACCCCCCAUAUUUUAUUAUUACUAUUAUUCCUUCUUAUUCUUAUUAUUAUUAUUAAAAAAUUAGUCCCUAACUUUUAUUUUCUCCUUAUCUUUACAUUAUUUUGAAUAAUAUUAUCCAACAAAUAAACUUAUUA